GAAUCAUGACUCCCAAAUCCCAGACCAUUAGCUAAUGGGCCCUUCCCAAGAGGAGCAUCUGCAAGAAUCCUUCCCCCCCUGAGUAAGAUUUGGGUUCCAUUAGACAUUACAUGGUCUGAUUAGCCGGUUGGGCGUCACUUGUUAGAAUCAGGCAGGAGAUGUGGCGGUAAUGUAGUUAAGCCAUGAGUGAUGGAGGUGUAAUUUGGGUUAGUCCUCCUGUGCCCUCUCCCUCAUAACCCCCAUCAUGGAACAAAUUGACACACCAGCUGCUCUACACCCUUGUAAUGGUGGGGUUUUAAUUAGGAAUUAGGAAUGGCUUAGCAGCUAGACGGUGUUUCCAGUCUCUCAGGGUGGCGAUAGCGUACAGAAAUGUAGUAGUUAACUUAAGUUCCCAAAAAAUGUUAAAUGAAUGUUUUCUCGACAGAUCCCUCCUCCCCAAGUCCUGUGACACCUUGAUGAGCCAGCUACCCCACAGCCAUGUAGUCGCAGUUAUCCACAAUGAUAAUGCUGCUUCUGCAAUGUUUACUACAGCUGCUUUCUGUCCUGUUCCACUCUGCCAGCGUGUCUAAGGACAGGUUUUGGCUGAUGUAUAUUACUCACACUGACGUUCUGUGCAUCUGCAGCCGUUGAGUGAAGAGCGUCCUUGAAGCUGUCGGUAUUCUCAUUAGAUGCGAGACAGAUAUGGUGCUUUCAGGCCACUCUAGCGGGGCUAGAGAGUACGCUGACAAUGUGGUAUGAAAUAGUACUCUAACAAAUCCAUGGCACCACUUUUUUUUUUGUUGUUAUUUCCAUUGACGCAAAAUUUGGUGUGUCUCGUUUGUUUGUUCACUACAAAUCAAAUGUCGACUAAAAAGGUUCAAUCAGACCUUAAGUGUGCGUUCACAUACGCAGAGUUUAGUCCGUUUUAAAUCGAACUCUGGGCGACAUGCUCGCGGUUCAGUCUGCAUGUUAUUGUUUAUGCGGUCGACAAGGUAGCAUAACGGUCAUGGGGUAGGGGCUUGACGAAUCGGGGAAGGAUACGCGAUGAUCCAGAAGACCCAAUCAGGGAGCGAAUGUGGGCGGAGCCACGCCUUCGUUUUGAAAAGUCUGCGUUUUGGUCCGUUUACACUGAAACGCAGGCCCGGGGUCUUUGGCGUUUCCAAAAGUCUCCGUUUUCAAGGGUCAAAAACGCCGGAGUAGUGUAGACGACAGGCGUAACAACAGUUAUGCGUAUUAAUGAAAACGCACUAGUGUAAAGAGGGCCGUGGUGUGGUUCUUCAGUGGACCAGAUCAACCGAGAGCGUCUGGGCGACGAGGUCUCGGUCCGGUUCAACUAGAACUCUGCUGAGGUUUGAUCGCGGUGAGACAGCGAUUUGAAUCAGUCCAGCUGCGGACAGUGAACCAAACACGUCUUAGAUUUUGGAUUGUGGGUGAUUUUUUUUUUUUUCUGUAGAUGGGAGCUGUUAAACUGAGCCAAAGGUCAGAGCCCUUCUGUUUUUGUGAGAUUUUGACCUACGACCAAAAAGAAAAGAUAAAUGGUGGGUGCGAUCAACAAAAUGUGUUAAAAUAGACUUUUAUGUAAUUACCUAGCACUUUGUUUAGCACUGACUUUGUUCUCUAUGCUCAGGUUGAAAUUCGAAUCAAAUCAAAUGUCAUUGGUCAUAAACAACAACACAGAGUACGACGUGCAGUGAAAUGCACGCGACCGUCUCGACACACCUGGUUGUUAAAAUUGAUCUUUUUCUGUCGCCAUAUUCCUACAAGUACGUAUAGCUCUAGAUUCCUGUUCCGUACUGCACUGUGUGGCGAAAACACAGCAUCUGAAGGAGUCUAGUGUGGAUCUGAAGUCCGUUUUGGAGAUUUUUUGGAGAGUUCUAUACAGAAAGAACCUGAUAGUCCUGUAGGACUGGAAGCACUGGACCAGUCUCUCUACUUGUAGUCUUUCCUGCUUGGUGGACUUUCUGUAGAAUGGUAGAAAUGUAGAAUAGCACUGACGUCAUUUUUACAGCUAUUCAUUACAUUGAUUUUAGUCAAACCCCAAAAUGAAGCACAUUAUUAUAAAACCCCUCAAAGCUCCUAAAGAGCUGGAGAUUAGCUCCUUGCUGAAAGGUACAACACGGCGAAAUGUGUAUCUUGCUGAUUACACUUGGAGCAGAGAAACAUUCACACUCUGUCUAUCCAGACCCGUCUUUUUAACGAGGUGUUAAUUCUAAACCUUUGACAACACGGGCUCGGAUAUAAACGACGUCCGUGUGCAUGGGGUAAAGUAUUGAGACAUUCAUUUUUCUCUCUCUGUGACAGGUCAGUGUUGAAAUCAGGCGUGUUCGUGUAUCGCAGUUCAUCGAGUUGCGAGAUCGGGUCAUUCUGAGAGAGUUGGGUCAGUCUGUAGAGAGUGUGGCGUUGCGCUGGUGGAGAUGACCCUGACUUUGUUCUGAUCCGCUGGGUGAUUUGGUGUUCGAUAAAUAUUGGGUCAGCGCUUGCCUUCUGCCUCUGUGUGUAAGAGCUGACGAUUUGGCAAAAACACUUCUGUUAUACACAAUAUCUGAAUGAUACUCAAUAUUUAUCACGGUAUAUAAAUUUGAUCACCAACAAAGGCUAUUAUAGGUUUAGAAACUUUUGCCUAGCAUUUACAAACAGUGGGAUUAUCCAGGCUUACUUUAUACCGUGGGUAAAAAUAGAGUUGUAGGAGUACUGAGACCUGAUGAUGAUGAUGAUGAUCAGGUAAGGAGUACAACACUUGUUAUUGGCAUGCUGGUAUAGGAAAAUGAUCAAAGACUUGAAGCAGAGAUCAGGGUUCCAUCCCGAAGUUGAUUAUUUUCCAUUUCUCGUUAAUUAUUGUCCAGUUCUCAUCGAUUAAUUUCCAGUUCUUAUUGAUUAUUUUCCAAUUCUCAUUUAUUUUCCAGUUCUCAUGAACUAUUGUCCACUUCUCAUUGACUAUUUUCCAGUUCUCGUUGAUUAUUUCCAAUUCUUCUCAAUUAAUUUCCAACUCUCAUUGACUAUUUUCCCAUUUUUAUUGAUUAUUGUCCACUUCUCAUUGAUUAUUGUCCACUUCUCUUUGAUUAUUUUCCCGUUCUCGUUGAUUAUUUUCCAGUUCUCAUCGAUUACGUUUUAAUUCGUGAUCGGUCGAGAGAUCAAAUCCGUGCAAGAUGUUGUUGUUUUGAGAGAAACCUGAGACGACGUGUGUUCAUCCAGACUCAAAACUAAGUUUAGGUUUAGGAUCAGCUCAGCCCCAAAGAGGCCACGUACUAGACUCCCCUUCAUGUUCGGAGCCUUGCGUCUGUUCAGGAAUCGACCGAAAGCUGUUACGGCUCCGGAUAUUAGCUUUGCGAAGCCAGACAUUAGUCACAAGGUGUAUAUUAGGUUAUCGUAACGCCCACCCCCACCCCAUGGGGCAAAUAGGCUGGUGCUCAACUUCAGUCUGGAGUUUUUAAUGGAGGUCUUGCUUGGAAUGAUGGUCCUGCCUUUCCGGCUGGUUUACCGCUGUGUGUGUGUGUGUGUGAGCGUGAGUGCUGUGAAGGAAGGACUGGGUGUUAAGAUGUCUCUUGGCUCUUUCUUUACCACACACACACACACACACACACACACUCAUUUCCUCUUCUGUGAUGUCUGUUAAUUACACUUGCUGUAACCCCACAUGUAGCCAGCCUCCCACUUUCACCAGGCAGCGUGCGGGCACGUCUCUAACGAGCUACGAAGCUCAAGCACAAAUCACAGGGACGCUCCACAUACAAACGUUAAAGUCCCGUGUCGGUAGCGUGCAGCUUUUGCGUUAAGAGAUGUCAGUUGAACUUUUGUGGAAGGAGUCUCCAGUGUCAGAGGUAAAGCUUUCCGACGUAGGAACGUCUAAGGAUGGAGGAUGUGGAUUAUCGUGGCUUCCUGAAAACAUCAUGAGAUCAAACAGGUUGAAAACAGAAUCAGUUUUAAGUGGUCAGCGUUGGUGAAUUGCUGUGGUGUAAGAGGAAUAAAUCACUUGGGGACAUGCCGUUCUAGGAAAAUAAUCAACGUCGAGGUGGUAACAGUGACUCCGCCUCAUCACACCACCCGGUUAUUGAUUAUUUUCCUAUGAUUUGAAUCGACCGGUAGCGUGGCCAUUCAGCACACACACGCACACUGUUCCACUACCGAGACGGUUGAUCUCAUCCGCUCAAACCGCACUUCCGCCCUCUUCUCAUCCUCCCAUCACCGGCUUUUUAAAGCAACACCAGUAUUCCGUCUCUGUAUCGAUCCAUAUCCAUAUUCCGCUGGAACGGAGCGCUGACUGAACAUCCUCCAUUCGUCUCCGAUUACAUCCUUUUAAUCGUCCCGCUCCUUUCCGCUGGGACGGGGCUCCGAGAUGCACUCAUACAGCCCAGUUCCCCAUUUAUACUCAGGAAGGAGGGCCGUCUCCGUCUCCUCAUGUCUCCUGAUGUCUCCUGAUUCAUCCGCCGUCUUCUUACCGCCACUCAGCGUUUCAUUCAUGAGCGUAAAGUUCACUUCGGUCCGAACGCUUCGUACGGCUGUGUGACUGAGGGAAAGAUACUGAGGGUUAAAUAGUGAACACGCUACCGCUGCACAGGAGAGGGGUCUCUCGGGAGAGACGGAGAGAAAGAGGACAGGAGGUGAGACAGGGACAGGAAGAGGACAAGUCUUACGAUCAUACUAGCAGUUCUUUCUUUCACUCUUAAUUUCUUUCACACUCUUUCAUUGUAUCUUUCUUUCUUUCUUUCUUUCACUCUCUCUUUGGCUCGCUCUUUCUUUCUUUCUUCUUUCAGUCCGAAUUUCUUUCACACUGUUUUAUUCUAUCGUUCUUUCUUUCACUCUUUGGCUUAUUUUUACCUUCUUUCUUUCUUUUUUUUUUCUUUCUUUCACUCUCUUUAGCUCUUUCUUUCUUUCUCUUUCCACUCCAAAUUUCUUUGACACUCUUUCAUUGUAUCUUUCUUGCACUUUAUCUUUAGCUCAUUCUUGCCUUCUUUCUUUCUUUCUUUCUUUCUUUCUUUGAUUCUUUCUUUCUUUCACUCUCUCUUUGGCUCAUUUUUUUUUCUUUCUUUCUUUUUUUCACUCAUAAUUUCUUUCACACUCAUUCUAUUUUUCAUUCUUUCACUCUCUCUUUGGCUCAUUUUUACCUUCUUUCUUUCUUUCUUUCUUUCUUUCCUCUUAGAUUCUUUCACACUCUUUUAUUCUAUCGUUUUUUUUCUUUCACUCUCUUUGGCUCAUUUUUACCUUCUUUCUUUCUUUCUUCCUCUUUUCCUUUCCUUUUUCUUUCUAAUUCUGUUUCGCUUUUUUCUUUAGUAAUUUCUUCCGCUCUCUUUGUCUGCGUCUUUAUUUUUUUUGCUCGUACACGAGGAGUCGUUGAUGUGUCCUCUAAACUGAUAGAUUUCUGUGUCUCGGCCUGUAGGUGUUGACGGCAUCACGUUUUCUUUAUGUUGUCUGUCCAGCGUUGUUAGCGCGACGUCUCCAGAGCAAGCGGGGGAAUGUUUAGCAGGUUUUUCUUUAAAAGCUCGCUCUCUGUCUGAGGUGUACUUUAAGGGUGUUUCUGCCGUACAAGUUAGUAAGAAGAAGGACUGGACUUGUAGGUGGUGGAGGCGUCACCAUCGGCGUGCUGGAGUUCAGCACCUCCCGCUCUGUCAGGAGAACAGAGAUCUUGUCGGCUUUCCCAGCUGUGUGUUCAGGUGUGUGUUCAGCGCUCCUGUGUUCACAGAUUGUUAUAUAAACAUGUAAAAGACGUGUCGAUGCUCCUGAGUGUGAUUUCACGUGUGUAGACAGUAACGGUUUGAUACUGCGGAGGUCAUCUUCACCGCAGUCCAGCGUCCUCUCUGCUCCAGUUUCACCACGGUCACACACACUGCUCCGCUUUCACCACGCUCACACACUCGGAGCGGUUACAUGAGCUUGCGUGUGUGUGUGUGUGUGUGUGUGUGUGUGUGUGUGUUUAGGACCAGUGCUGGUUCUGUCAGUGUGUAUUAACUGUGUUGGUAAAGCCUCGAUGUGGAAGUGCAGUGUAGCUGUAAGACCAUUAGUUUAAUUGUGUGAUGUAGAGCUGCAGUGGGCCAUGUGACUGCGUGGGGGCGGGGCUAUGAUUACACUAACCCUGUGCCGAAGAUAAUUCAUGCACAUGUUCGUUCAUUCAUCCUUCUUUCACUUUUUUCACCGCCUCUUCCUUUCUUUUUUUCACGCUUCAUUUUUCUUUCUUGCGCUAAAAACAUAUUCAUUCAUCCGUGCGUUCUUUUGCGCUUUCUUUCACUUUUUUGCUGUCUCUAUUCCGACUCUCUUUCGCUCUUUUGCUGCCUCUUUUCCCCCCCUCUUUCACUAUUUUGCUGACUCUUUCCCCCCCUCUUUCACUAUUUUGCUGCCUCUUUUCCCCCCCCUCUUUCACUAUUUUGCUGCCUCUUUUUUCCCCUCUCUUUCACUAUUUUGCUGCCUCCUUCCCCCCCCCUUUCACUAUUUUGCUGCCUCUUUUCCCCCGCCUUUCACUAUUUUGCUGCCUCUUUUUUCCCGCCUUUCACUAUUUUGCUGCCUCUUUUUUCCCCUCACUAUUUUGCUGCCUCUUUUUCCCCUUUCUUUCACUAUUUUGCUGCCUCUUUUUUCCCCUCUUUCACUAUUUUGCUGUCUCUUUUCCCCCUCUUUUGCUCUUUCACUAUUUUGCUUCCUCUUUUUCCCCUCUUUCACUGUUUUGCUGCCUCUUUUUUCCCCUCUUUCACUAUUUUGCUGCCUCUUUUUCCCCUCUCUUUUGCUCUUUCAGUAUUUUGCUGCCUCUUUUCCCCCUCACUAUUUUGCUGCCUCGUUUUUUCCCUCUCUUUCACUAUUUUGCUGCCUCUUUUUUCCCCUCUUUCGCUCUUUCACUAUUUUGCUGCCUCGUUUUUUCCCCUCUUUCACUAUUUUGCUGCCUCUUUUCCCCCUCUUUUGCUCUUUCACUAUUUUGCUGCCUCUUUUCCCCCCCUCACUAUUUUGCUGCCUCAUUUUUUUCCCUCUCUUUCACUAUUUUGCUGCCUCGUUUUUUCCCCUUCUCUUUCACUAUUUUGCCGUCACUUUCUUCCUCUCUUUCACUCUUUUGCCGUCACUUUCUUCCUCUCUUUCACUCUUUUGCUAGCUCGACUCGGUUACAUCGUCCAGUUCAGUCUGCUGGCUGUUCACUGAUCUUCACACGUGUGUUAAAUCUGAUCUUCACCACUGUCUUGCCACGUGUGUGAUGUUCACCUCACACACUCGUGGCCUGUGGUUUGUCGUGUACGAGUGACACUUGAUGAGGUUGUUUACCGUGUCUGGCCCUCUGUGGGGUUAGACUCCUUGUGUACCCUGACUAAUUUAAAUGAACAGGAAACAUACCCCUCCUGCGGUGCUUGGACCCCUUACGAGAACAGAAGCGUCUCCGCCGGUCUCUUCGGCGCCACACGGAAACGGACACCGUGACAUUCGAGAGCCGAUUUUAACACGUGGAAAGAGCAGCGGGGUGCUGGUUGUGUGCUGUGUGAUCACCUCCACACACACACACACACACACACACACACACACACACACACACUCUCGAUUGCUCACGAGGCACAAGAUUAUGUUUCCUGAUGGCGUGUGUGAAAUCGCACACAACCUCAUCAACCCAUCCAGAGUUUUGUUAUUCUGCUGCGACGUGACCCGAUACACGCCACAUCCCGGAUCCGAUCCAAACCUAAAUCAUCAAUCAGUUUCUGGACGUUUUAUAUCGAAGAAUAAAAAUCACGAUAUGAUAUAUUUGUUACAUCACCCCACCCUUUAAUAGAGUAGUUAUGCCGUUUCUAUUCACGUCGGUGUAACCGGCCCAGGUUCCGCUGGGGGAAACAGCGCCGCUCCGUUCUUCUGUAUCUCUCGGACGCCCGUUCUCUCGUUACGAAACCGAGCUCGCGUGUCUGGACACUAAAAUAAACGUCUGGGGAUGCCAUCGGCCGUGAGGUGAGGGAAAGGAGAGUCGACUCUGAGCCACGGAAGUUCAUUUAGAGCCUCGUCGUGUCGACGUUGCUGGACCGGACCUCGGCGUGCGUGUGUUUGUGUGUGGUAUUUCACACACUGCACUGAUGGAGUACAGAUAAAACCUCUAAACACUUGGACAUCAGGCUGUAUGGCGUGUAAAAUAAUAAGAACAAGUUAAGAGUCAUAACGGUUAUAUAUAAUCAACACCAGGAUGGUGCGAUGCGGCUCAUGACGUAGAGGUAACGCAAAUACCUUGAAGUGGUGGGGGGGUUGGUUCUGUGUAAGUACAUGUGGAUAACACUUCCCGAAAUCGAAGCACAAGACGCAGCAUGUAUGAAUUCCUCUAGCACUUGCUGUAAAUGUAGCAACAAAGGAAGUGAAACAUCUUGAAAUAUAAGCUCCUGAAAGACCGAACGAUCCACACGCGGGAAAUCUCGCCUGUACGUGUUUACCUUUAUUAUUCAGCGCUUUAUAUUUAUUAGACUGCUUUCUGCUGUCACUGUAGAAAUAAUAAAUCAAAGCCUCUUGUAUACUUCGUUUUGUUUUUUUUUUUUAUUUUACGUACGCUAUGUCAUAUAGCCACAUAGUCUUUCAGAGUAUACUCCAUUCGACGUGCACGCGGACGCAGGCGCAUUACGACAACUUGCACUACCCCUCCUGGCCUACGAGAGUCAGUACAGAGCAGUAAAGCAGGUCUUUUAGUGUCACAACAACACGAAGAGCAAUGCUCGGGCGAUCUCUCGCCACGUUUAGCACCCAUAUACGAAUCCGUAUACUCUUUAAGGCUAGAAUUAUACAAACGCGGGUACUCUGUAACCUGCACUCGUUUCCGCUUAUUCCAUUUUUUUUCUUCGACUCCCUUGAGAAUCAACGGCCCUGCGUCACUGCUGCCACCUUGUGGAAGAAGUAAAAGAUUUAAACGCACAUUUGCGACCUGCAGUUAGAAAACUCGGGCGGCGUGCGUACAGUACUGAUGACGAAAUUUGCGUGAGGUCAGGCUCAGGCAUGAAGAGCGUAUGUAUAAAUACAGCUCCAUGACACGUCAUUUCGCUUUUGUGUGUGUGUGCAUGGGUUCUAUCGCUCUCGGUUCCCCAGCUGCUCCACAGCUGCUCUGUGAGUCAUGAAUGGCAACGUUGUUCAGGCGCACUUUCAUUUCAUUUCAUUUGGAGGUGAAAGUACACAGUAGGCGGAUCUCUGAAGUGCCAAAGUGACUUCCCGAAGAACGAGCGAGAAAUCCAAAGAUCCCACACAAGAUCCCAGUUUAUCAUAACAGCAGAAGGUUUGAAGUCAAAUCACAGCUUUGUAUUAACGCAGGACUUAAAACUACAUCACUGUAUUUAACGGUGUUCAUUCAAUGUCGAUAUGAAAAUAGUAAUCGAUGUGUUUACCACAAAUUUCUCAUCACGGGGAGGAAUCGUACCGGUAUAUCACGGACGAUACGGUACGGAACAGCCCUCCUCGUAGUACGCUAACGUUUCUAUAGUAACCGCGUACUAUAGACAGCGGUGUUUCCUCUGGCCCUCGUACACUGAUAAAUCCUGCCAGCUGUGUGUUCACACAGUCACAGCACGACCCCUGCACACUGACUGCUCACGUGGCUGCUCAGAGGCUCGUUCACCUCGUCAUCCCCCAUCUCAGUAUUUAUAAUAAAAACAUGUCCUGAGAACAAAACGACAAAGAACGACGCACGUUUUCCCGAACGCACGACUUCACACGUCAUCGACUCGGGUCAUCUGUGUAGAAGAACGUGAGCAUUUCUUAAUAUCCAGGUGUUUUUCCGAGUAGAA